UAUCAACGAAACACCACCUGUUGAACGGACUCACUUUUUUCGAGGAAGUGGUUGUGGUGGUAAUGGUGUUGUUGGUGUUGUUGUUGGUGGUGGUGGUGAUGAUGGUGGUGAUGGUGGUGGUGCUGGUGGUGGUGGCGGUGGUGGUGAUGGUGAUGGUGGUGGUGGUGGUGUUGGUGGUGGCGGUGGUGGUGUUGGUGGUGGCGGUGGUGGUGGUGGCGGUGGUG